AUGACAGCGCAGCCGUUCAACCUUUGGGUGGGAGGCCAGGAGAAGCCGGGCCAUGCAGAGCAAAUCCCAGUCGAAGACCCUGCGACGGGCGAGAUAUUCGCAAGCUGUCACGCCUCAUCCUCCGAAGAUGUCAAUGAAGCCGUUCGUUUGGCACACGACGCAUUCAAGGCCGGGACCUGGUCCAAAGCCCCCCGUCAUGUCCGGGCGGAUGUCCUCGACAAGACGGCGGAGCUCCUUACGGCGGAGCUCCCUUCGCUGAUCCCGCUGGAGGUAAAGCAAACCGGACGCGCGAUUCGCGAGAUGCGCGCUCAGGUGCCCACGUUGGUCAAGUGGUUCAAGUAUUAUGCUGCUCUUCUGCGCACCGAAGAGCGUGCAGUGCUCCCGACCGUGGGCAAACUGCACAAUUGGAUUGAUCGCGUGCCAUUGGGCGUCGUCGUGCAGAUCACCCCUUUCAAUCAUCCGCUGCUCAUUGCCGUCAAGAAGAUUGCUCCGGCACUUGCCGCCGGCAACAGUGUCGUUGUGAAGCCCAGCGAGCUGACUCCACUCACGACUCUGCUGCUUGGAAAGAUCCUGAAGCAGGCUGGCGUCCCAGACGGGGUGUUCAGCGUCUUGCCCGGAUACGGCGCAACGACGGGCAAGGCGCUUGUUGAGCACCCUCUCGUCCGGAAAGUUGACGUCACGGGCGGUACCGUGGCCGGAAGGGCGAUUGGCUCAAUAGUCGGCGGCAAUCUGGCGCGGUACACGGCAGAGUUGGGAGGAAAGGCGCCGCUGAUUGUGUUCGAGCAAGCCGACAUCGACGUCGCUGUCAAUGGUAUCGUCUUCGGAUCGUUCAUUGCGAGCGGACAGACGUGCGUGGCGAGCACGAGAAUCCUCGUGGAAGAAAAGACCCUGCAGACGCUGCUCUCCAAGCUGAAAACAAAGACAGAAACGAUUCAGCGGCGAAUGGGGUCCCCGAGCAACCCAGACUCGAUGAUGGGGCCGCUGAUCUCGGCGAAGCAGCUGCAGAACGUGGAGGCACUCGUCGGAGAGGCGCUUGCGACAGAGGCUGUGGCAUUGGUUGGAGGCCAUCGCAUGUCUGGAUCGAGCAACCUGGACGGUACCGACUUUUCCAAGGGCUACUUCUUCGAGCCGACGGUGCUGGUGUCAAAGUCCGAGGGCGACAUCCUGAAGACGCGCAUCUGGCGGGAGGAAGCGUUCGGACCUGUCAUUGUCGUGGCACCAUUCAAGACGGAGACAGAGGCGGUCGCGUUAGCCAACGACAGCGAGUUCGGAUUAGGAGCAGGUAUCUGGACGCGCGACGUGGCGCAAGCGUUUCGAGUGUCGGAGCAGAUCGAAGCAGGCAUCGUAUGGGUGAACACGCAUCACCGAAACGAUCCUAGCAGUCCGUGGGGUGGCGCAAAGAGCGCGAGCGGCGUCGGUAGCGAAAAUGGUAUCGAUGCGUAUCAGGCGUACACAACGACCAAGAGUACGAUUGUGAGCUUCGCGAGCUCAGAGGAGGCAUUGGCGACGGAUGACUGGUUCCGCGAGGGUUCUGGCGAUGUACGAUAUGGAUAG